CAGGACUCAAGUGAGGACACUUCACCGACAUGGGAUUCGGAAUAGUCCUCAGAGACAUUCUCUCCAAAGAGCAACGUGCGGCUAACUUGUAGAAUGACAGACAGACGUAUGUGAAGUUUUGAGACAGUUUUGGGAGUUUAGCUGGAUGGUAACAGUCUCUGAGAAUGCCUUGCAUUAAGAUUUUAGUCAAAAAUAGACCGUGACAUAUAAUAAUACUAAUUAGUUAUUCCCAGGUGGCAGGCUCUUUGUGCCUCUGUAUCACAUACUACUCGUCAGCUAGGACGGUUCCUUGUGAGUGUUGUGUUUUACGUGACAGACAGACUGCCGGGUAUCACACGUAUUACCACGGUACUGCUCUUCUCUCAACUCUCUGUCCCGUCGGUCUGAAACCUUUCCUCAUAUCUCACAAAAUGUUGUUCGUUUACUUGUCGCUAUCUGUUGUACCUUGCACAUGACGUUCCUGAGGUAUUCCUGUUUGUACAGAUUUCAAAUGAUCCGCCAAAGCUCCGUCACUCAGUCUCUAUAUCGUGUUUCAAUAAAAGCUGUAAUCACUUUCAUCAUUGAGAACAUUCAUUUGUCAAUUGUUUUUCAGUGAAUGAAAAUUAAUAUAAAUCAAUUGGUUCAAUCUAUGAAAUAACAAAUCACAGCCAUUCUCAAUUACUCAUACUCAUUUUUUUACAUUUGCAAAAUGUGUUUUAUUUAUAAUAAGAAACAAAAGAAAGCAAACUAUAGUCAGAUAUUGUCUAUUAUUUUUAUGUGAUAAUUGACAGAUGAUUGAUUAUUAAACUAUCUCAUCAUUCCAGCACUAGUGUAGAUGCAUCUUCCUUACAGAGAUAGACAUAUUCAUAUCAAAAACUGCCAUGAGUGUAUUUAAAAAGGUUUAUUUUAGUACUGUAUAGUUUGUAGACUGGUGAAAGUAAAAAAAACAAUAUUUAUUAUUUGGCACAUUUACUUCAUGCUUUUUCAAAUUAGAAGCCAAUGAGAGAGAAGUUAUAUGAUAAUACUAAUGAUUGUGAUCAUAGUCAUAAGGAUAACAAUAUUAUUAAUAUAUACAUUUGUCGUUUUUUUUUUAAUUUAAAGACGAAAGGAAAGAGAAGACAAAGUGAAAAGAAAGCCAAGAAUUUGAUUUGUCACUAAAAGACCAAAUUCUGUACACUAAACUACAUUUCUUGAUCUAAAAACUUGCUCCAUCAAUUAGCGCUGACCUACAUAUUUAACCCCAUUUCAUAUCCCUCAGGAGUUCAAGACCCUAACUGCGAAUUACCAACGUGGAUGUCUUUUGUCGCAGGAGUUGUAUCUGUGGUGGUGCUGUUUGGAUACGGUGACGCAGGGCUAUUAUGUACCAGCUUGAGGGGACCAAAUGGAGCUUCCUGUUGUGCCUGGGGAUGAGUAUCAUUAUCUGUUCAGUUAUUUACAUGAGGGCCAGGAUGCCGACAGAGCCCAAGCUGCUAGAGCCUUCAAGCUGCAGGCCCUUCUCCACUGGAUGUAAAGCUUUACUGCCCGGCGUGGAGGAAGGCGUGGAGUGGUACCGCCGUGACUGCCAGGUGGAAAGCUAUAUUCUGAAUAGUCGCAUACGGUGUUCCAAAUUGAUCGGAGACCUACACUUCAUCACGAGACCUCUGAGUCAGGAGGAGGAGGACUACCCUUUAGCUUUCAUUGUGACCGUUCACAAGGAGCUGGAGCUGUUUGUACGCCUGUUGCGGGCCAUUUACAAUCCACAAAAUGUCUACUGCAUCCAUGUGGACAACAAGGCGUCAUCGGAGUACAAGGCAGCUGUACUGAAGCUAGUCGGCUGCUUUAAAAAUACCUUCCUAUCCAGCCACAGCGAGACGGUGACGUACGGUGGCUUUUCCCGCCUGCAAGCAGAUUUUCACUGCAUGAAGGAUCUAGCACAGUCUAAGAUAGGCUGGAGGAAGGUGAUGAAUCUGUGUGGACAGGAUUUCCCCGUCAAGAGCAACCUGGAGCUGGUGCGGUACAUGCAGAGCAAAGAGUGGCGGGACAGAAACAUGACGCCCGGGGUCAAGCAGCCGGUGUCCAUGAGGCACAGGACACAGCUCCGGCACAGGGAGAUAAUGGGCUCACAUGUAGCUCUGACAGGGCUGGGACUGAAGAAGGGUCCGCCUCCACACAAUCUGCAAGUUUAUUUUGGAACGGCGUACUAUGCUCUCACGAGGGAUUUCGUAGACUUUGUUCUGAAAAGCCCAAUAGCCCGGGACCUCCUGGAGUGGUCCAAAGACACGUUCAGUCCAGACGAGCACUACUGGGUGACCCUCAGUCACAUCAAAGAAGCUCCAGGCAGCCAUCUAGAUGGAGGUUGGGAAGGAGACGUCCGGUCCAUCAAGUGGCGGGAUCAAGAGGGAACGACACACAGUGGCUGCAAAGGGCAUUACGUACGAGACAUCUGUAUCUAUGGCGUGGAAGACCUGCCGUGGAUCAUCAACAGGAACAGCAUGUUUGCCAAUAAGUUUGAGCGGGACACCUUUCCUGAGGCCCUGGACUGCCUGGAGCAGUGGCACAGGACCAAGGUGUUGAACCAGGCGACUGUUUCCAUAGAGCCAUCGUGGCUUCUGGCCACACAGAGCAACUCAAGCCGCAGCUACUUCAACAGCACCGCUGGAGCAUGAAAUCGCUGUUGGCUGCGAAUGCCAAAAAUGUGGGCAGGAAAAAAAAGCUGAACCGAGAACUUCAGGAGGAGGAACGAUCCCCUUCCUCUGUGACAAGACUACCGGUUACGCACAUAUUUGUCCAUGUAUGAAACUCCAAUGGCUGUCCUGAUAAUCAGAAGACAGUGUGACUAAAAUAACUUCACAGUACAGCAAAAGUACAGCGAGUUCUAUUUAAAAUAUACGAGUAUAUAACAGAUACUAUUUGAGACAACUGCGCUACACAAGGUAUUUAACAACUGAAUAUGAAUUUCAUAUUGUUUAAUUAAAUUAAAUAUUUGAUGUUGUUAAAUUUAAUAUUGUGUGUUCCAGUUAAAAAAGCAGUUUUUUUAUUUAAUUGUGUAGCAGGUGUAUACUAACAAAUAAAGACGAUGUAAAAAAAAUCUCCCUUCUUUCCUUUUCAAAACAAAUGAUGCCACAGAGGAGAGGGAGGGGCGGACCAUACCAGUCUCCUCCCUCCCUUCACAAUAUGCCACGGCAACAUUAAUUCAGCACCACGCGUCAAUGGAAAGCGUCAGAUAGUAAACAAAGUGCACUACUAAAUUGUAAACAGAGUAUGAAGUCUAGGGCCGUACCAAAUAGUUGGAAGCUUCAUAGCUUCAUUCCAAAUGUUGAAAUAAAUAUCAGGCUCCACUAACAUCAUAAGUAUUGUUCUAUUUUUAAAUUAGAUUCCAGUGGUGGCUGCGUAGAAUUCUUUCAAACUCAUGGGAUCCAAACAUUUCCCAUAACUCCAGAGCGGAAAGUAUAAAAA